AUGGACCGCGAGCUCGUGCCGGCAAUCGCCAACUUUAACGAUUUGGAUAGCAUCGGAGCUCUGCCGGGUUGCAUGAACAUGGAUCAUCACCCCGCGAAUGUCCUUAUCUCCAACGGCUGGGAUCGGAUAAGGCAAGAGAACCGUAACCCAGGGCUAUCGGAGCGCAGAGACCGACCUAGCUACCAGCAUGCACUAACCCCGGAACUACGGGUCUUAAGGGAGGGAGUCAGCAUAACCCGAACGGCUCCACGGGUCCCGUUUGCCACGCUAGCUGGUCCCGACGGUUUGGCUUGGUCUCCUAUCUUCUUCCAACGUCAGCCCACUGAUAAGGCCGAAGGGCUUGGUAUAGCGGCUUCCAUACUGAGAAGUCGCACGCUGCACCAAGCACAUACCAUGUCCGACAUCGAAACUGGGAUCAUGAAGAACCCCGUGGGCCUCAAUGCGGAGGAGAAAUCGACUAGCCCUUCUCUAGGACCAAAGGCCGGAUCCAUCCAUGAUGGGGCUUCCCAAUUCGUUUCGCCUCAAGCUAGGAAGAGCUUGACACGGAAGCUCGACCUACGCAUGAUCCCUAUUAUCAUGCUCUUGUAUCUCUUCAGUUUCCUAGACAGAGUCAACAUUGGAAAUGCCAAGCUAUAUGGAUUGGAAGAGGACCUUGGUCUUGUUGGGAACCAAUACCAGAUUUGCGUGUCUAUCCUCUUCGUAACUUACUGCUUAUUCGAGGUACCUUCCAAUUUGAUCAUCAAGAAAGUCAAACCCGACAGAUACAUUGCAUUCAUCACCACGUCUUGGGGCAUCGUUGCCACACUUACAGGUGUCUGUCAGAGCUAUGGCGGACUUAUUGCUAUACGGCUCGUAAUGGGCGCCCUAGAAGCCGGCUUGUUCCCCGGCCUCGUGGUCUACUUAACCAUGUUUUAUAAGCGAGAUCAACUUGCGGUUCGAGUCGGCUACCUUUUCAUAGCUUCAGCCGUCGCCGGUGUUGUUGGUGGUAUGAUAGCAUAUGGAAUUGGAUUCCUAGACGGCUCUCACGGAAUGCGAGCUUGGAGGUGGUUGAUGAUAAUCGAAGGUCUACCGUCAGUCGUUAUCGGCAUUGCCACUUACUUCAUCCUACCCGAAAGUCUCGAAAAGGCGCAUUUCUUAACCGAGGAGGAGCGGCAACAGCUUACAAUUAUUCGCCAUGAAGAGAUCGGCCAAACAAAGGAGGCUGAGAAGUUCCACUGGGCAGACGUGAAAGAAGGUGUGAAGGACUGGCAGGUAUGGAUCUUUGCCUUCUCCGGAUUCACAAACGACAUCAUGUUCUACGGGUUCAGCACCUUCUUGCCGACGAUCAUCAAGAGCAUUGGUUCGUGGAGCGCCAUAGAGUCGCAGGCCUUGACCAUCCCGGUCUACGCUUUGGGGACUGGCGUGUAUCUUGUGGUUGCCAACUACGCGUCCAAGAACCAGCUUCGAGGUGUUGUCUCCGCGUCCUUUGGGAUGAUCUCGAUCAUCGGAUAUUGCAUGCUCAUCGCCAACAGGGGAGCGGCUGUCAGUUACGCUGGCACCUUCGUCAUCGCUGUUGGAUUGUAUGUGUCUGUAGGCCUACCAUUGGCCUGGCUGCCUGGCAACAAACCUCGCUACGCUAAGCGGGCUUUUGCUGUGGGAAUGCAGUACUUCAUUGGAAACACAGCCGGCAUCGUCAUGCCUUUCCUUUACACUACUGCGUCUGCGCCGCGUUACUACACCGGAUACGGUGUGUCAAUUGCUGCAGUGUUCUGUUCCGUAUGCAUUUUCUCUUUCUUGGCUUGGUACUACACGCGAGUGAACCGCCGGAGAGCUGCAGGUCUCGAGGACUGGAAAUUCGAGGGCAAAACGGAGCAGGAGAUUUUGGAGCUGGGUGAUUACUCGCCGAGAUAUGUAUAUUCUACAUAG